AUGGAUUUGGCCUCCAAGGCUGAGGCUACGGCCACGGAGAGUCUUUCAUCUAAUAACGAGAGAGCCCUCGAGAGCAAAUAUGCCGAUGAAACUCUGCGCAUUCUUGAGCUUCAUGGAGACUCUGUUGGGCCAUUGACGCCCGAGAAGGAGAAAAAGCUGAGACACAAAUUGUACUGGAAUAUCUUCGGACUACUCUCCGCUAUCAACCUACUGCUAUUUAUAGAUAAAUCCACUCUGGGCUACGCCGCUAUUCUCGGCCUGUUCGAAGAGACUGGUAUCACGAAGGCUGAAUACAACAAUCUUGGGACUUUCUUCUACGUCGGUUACAUUGUUGCGCAAUGGCCGGGACAUUAUGCUAUGCAAAAACUACCAUUUGGAAAAUUUGUCGCUGCUCUUGUCUUCAUGUGGGGUGUCAUCCUACUACUUCAUUGCGUUGCCACAACGUAUUCCGCUCUUGUGGUCCUCCGACUAGCACUCGGUGCCGCUGAGUCUGUCGUUGUACCUGCAAUGGAAGUCACAAUUGGAAUGUUCUUCAAUCGUUACGAACAGUCGUUCCUCCAACCCUUUCUUUGGUUGACGUCGGCAGCCGCCCCCAUAUGUGCCGCAUUUAUCUCCUACGGGUUACUUUGGAGUCAUAGCGCCGUCCUGCCAUGGAAGCUGUUUAUGAUUAUUACUGGGGCUGUCUCGGUACUUCUUUCAAUUGUUGUUUGGUUUCAUUAUCCAAAUAAUCCAGCCGAUGCUAAAUUCCUGUCACUGGAGGAAAAGAUUCACACCAUCAGACGGGUACACGAGUCAAGUCAAAGUUCUAUUGAACAGAAGCAGUUCAAGAAGAGUCAGUUUAUAGAGACGCUCCGCGACCCUGUCUCAUGGCUAUUCGCUCUGCAGGCCUUUACCCUGAUGAUGUCUAAUAAUCUCACCUACGGGCAGCAGAACCUCAUUACCAAGGCUCUUGGGGUGGACAGCCUGGGUUCGACGCUCGUGGCUGCAGCUGGUGGCGGUUUCGGUGUCCUGGUCUGUCUCGCAGGAGCAUAUGCCCUGCGAUGGUGGCCUUCAAAUCUUGCCUUCCACGGACUCUUCUGGUGUCUUCCUGCAAUUGCAGGUGGAGUUGGAAUGGUCGCAAUUGACUGGGACCAGAAGUUAGGGAUGCUUGCUUGUCUGCUCUUGGCUGGCCAUACCUAUGGUAAUACCUACAUUAUCGCGUUGGGUUGGACUACAUCAUCGGCAGCCGGCUACACGAAGAAGCUGACCCGAAAUGUUAUGUUCAUGGCUGGUUAUUCCAUUGCCAACAUUUGCUCGCCACAAAUAUGGGUUCCUAAAGACGCACCUCGGUAUUAUGGUGCCUGGAUCUCCAUGAUAGUGGUCAGUUGGGUGGGCACACCGUUGAUCCUUUUCAUUAUACGCUUCAUUUUGAAACGCAGGAACACUCAACGGAAGGCUUGGGCUGCAUCCUUGACCAGUGAAGAGAGAAAGGCUCACGAGUUGGGAGUCGUCGAGGAGCUUGAUGAAAAUGGGAAUACGAUACGCAGGCAAGUUGAAAUUGCCAUGUUGGAUAUGACUGAUAUGGAGAACCCGUUCUUCAUCUAUCCUAUCUAA